UCACAUCAUAACAUCUAUAUGUUAUUUAGAAGGAAGAGUCAACUCUGUUUAAACUGUUUUCAAGCACUUAAUUGCCGCCUCAACCGGGUUUUUGGCAGGUGUUCGAAGCAGAGCCCGGCAUUUGUUCACAGCAUUCGGUUAACGCUCAAUUCCCGGCGCAGGAAUCGAGUGCCGGGACGAUGCUGCGGUCCUUUCUGACUCUAACUGCACUGCAGCUUCUGAAAUGCAGAACUGGGAGCAGUCAGGCUGAUCCAUCAGAGGCUGUGAAACUGAGACUGGCGAAUGGGGGCAGUCGGUGCGCAGGAAGAGUGGAGAUUCACUACAGGGGGAAGUGGGGGACUGUGGAUGAUUACAGCUGGGACCUGCAGGACGCCGCUGUUGUGUGUCGGGAGCUGGGCUGCGGGACCGCGGUCUCUGCACCGGGCAGUGCUCACUUUGGGGAAGGCUCCGGACCCGUUGUGACAUAUAAUGUUCAGUGCAGCGGGAACGAGGCCGCCCUGCGAGACUGUAAAUCAGCUUCCUGGGAUCACUAUUCCUGGUCACACAGCGCUGAUGCCAGCGCGAUCUGCUCAGAUCACAGGUUUCCCAGACUGGUAUCACUGGAUUCCCAAUGCUCGGGCAGACUGGAAAUACAGUUCGGCACAACCUGGGGAACAGUGUGUGAACUUCACUGGGAUUGGAAUGACGCCAGUGUGGUUUGUCAACAGCUUCAGUGUGGAGUCGCUGUGUCUGUGGGAAAAGGGACUUAUUUUGGAGAGGGCACUGGACUUCUACGGAGCAUUAAAUUUGAUUGUAAAGGGAAUGAGACAAGCCUAACAGACUGCCCUAUCUCUCCAGUAAAUCAAAACGUGUGCACCCACAUGAACGAUGUCGGUGUGAGCUGUUCCGGGAAGCAUGGACCCCGACUGGUUGGUGGUGAGGAGAGGUGUUCCGGCCGGGUGGAAGUGCUGCACGGAGAGCAGUGGGGGACGCUGUGUGAUAUUCACUUUGGUUUAGAAGACGCCAGUGUGGUGUGUGAGCACCUUCAGUGCGGGGCUGUAAAGGAAAUCCCCAGAAACUCUCCCUUUGGGCAGGGAACAGGCCCCGUGUGGAAGGAAAAUUACAGGUGCCGCGGGAAUGAAUCGCGAGUGACAGAGUGUCCGGUUACAUCCGGGGAAAAUUUUAACUGCUCACAUGGAAAUGUCGCCAGUGUCAUCUGUUCAGAUGAAAGCUGGUCACUGAGAUUGACGAAUGGGGGAAGCCGCUGUGAUGGUCGGGUGGAAAUUUACCACAACGGUCGCUGGGGCAGAGUACAGGACAGCCUCUGGGACCUCAGUGAUGCUACCGUGGUCUGCAAGCAACUAGGAUGUGGUGUCGCAAUUGCCGCUUAUACCUUUGCAAAUUAUGGAGAGAGUGAAGGGCCUGUGUGGGUGAAUGAUGUCCAGUGUGGAGGAAACGAAUCGCAUCUCCGCAACUGCAGCUCAUUUGCAAUGAACUCUUCUCUCAAUGAAAGUGUCGGCGUCGGGGUUCUGUGUUCAGAGCACAAACAGUUAAGGCUGUCAGACGGUGGAAGCCCAUGUGCAGGCCGAGUGGAGAUUUAUUACAACGGGACCUGGGGCUCAGUUUGUGAUGAUUCCUGGGAUCUGACAGACGCUGGCGUAGUUUGCAAACAGCUGCAUUGUGGAAAGGCAUUGGACGUGACACUUCCUGCCUCUUGCGGACCAGGCUCAGGUCCAGUUUGGCUGGAAGGCUUGGAGUGUUCAGGGGAGGAAUCAUAUCUCUGGCAAUGUCCCUCUGAAUAUUGGGGUGCCCACGACUGUUCUCAUAAAGAAGAUGUGAAGAUCAUGUGCUCAGAGCACAAGGAGCUGCGGCUGGUGAAAGGAAAGCAUCGCUGUGAGGGGAGAAUUGAAGUGUUCUACAAUGGUACCUGGGGAACAGUGUGCUCGGAAACACUGGAUCGCCAAGAUGCUGAGGUGAUCUGUAAACAGUUACAGUGCGGCCCUCUCGUUUCUAUUGAGUAUAGCUCUAGGACAUUCGGAGAAGGUUCAGGACGGAUUUGGCUCGAUGAAAUAGAAUGUAUUUCACACGAGUCGACCAUUUGGCAGUGUCAGACAGACCCGUGGGGACAACACAACUGUAAUCACAGAGAAGAUGCAGGAGUUUCAUGUUCAGAAAGAAAGAUAACGAAGGGCCAGCCCAAAAGUGAAAAGGAUUGUGGUCGAGAAUCAGAUUCAGAUGUAGGUUUGCGCCUGAUUGGAGGUAACACCAACUGCUCCGGGCGAGUGGAGAUAAUGUGCAAAAACAACUGGAGCACAGUGUGUGAUGACUCUUGGGAUAUGGCCGAUGCCAAUGUUGUCUGCAGACAGCUGCAUUGUGGCUCUGCUCUAUUGGCCACAGGAGGGGCUGCAUUUGGACAGGGUGAAGGUGACAUGUGGUUUGAUGAGGUGAGGUGUACCGGAAGCGAAUCCUUUCUCUCUGAUUGUCCUUCCUUAGCAUCUGCUCAAUCUGACUGUGAUCACAAGGAGGACGCCAGUGUGAUUUGUUCCGGUCCAGAACUGUCAUCGGCUGCUUUUCCGCCCACACCCGCAGAACAUGAAGACAAUAUCACUUCCAUCCCUCUUGUGAUUGGUAUAACAAUCAGUAUCCUGUUGAUCUGUGAGUUCAUCGCACUAAUUGUGGUAAUGCGGAGGCAAUCAUCAAGGAAAGGUUUUGCCACUGGCAUUUGGGGUUCACCAAUUGAUUUGUACCAAGCAAUUUACGAAGAAAUUGAAAAUAUACCACCUGUCAAGGAUCCAGCUCUGACCCGUGGCUCAGUUUCUGCUUCCAUUGUUUCGCUCAAUGAUAUCGAAUAUUACACCAGCCACACAUUGGAUUUCAAAAGUCUUGGAUCGCCAAAUCCUGACGAGAAUUCAUCCAGUAUUCAGGCUCUCCGUGAUUACGACGAUGCUGAGACUACAGACAAUGAUCCUAAGGGCGAUGACUUGCUGCUGGACCGUGUUCAUGAUGAUUUCGUCACACGGGAAAGUGCCGGCGGUGAUAUGUGAACUCUGGGUAAAAUACAUCGAUAAAUCGAGGAUCCGACGCCCCACGCAUGUGACUAACUGUGUAAUAUCUGAGGGAACGCCCUUAAGUUUUUAAUAAAUAUAUCCAUCUGGAAGAUGCUUAACUUUCCGACAUGAAAAAGCUUUGAGAAAAAAAAAAGCAAACAUUACCUUGUGUGGAGACAUCUAGAUUCGUUUCUUAAAUCUAUAAAUUAUCUUAAAAAGUAUGAAUACUGUCUAAUCAGAAUUGUAGGACAAAGGUUUUUUUUUCGUGCAUUUUCAUGUAUGUAAUAAAACUGUACCACACCCCGCUGUAUCGACAAUACAACCCAUCAAGAGAAUUGAAGAACCGAUGACUAUCAUUAAAAGUUAUUUUCAGCUCCA